AUGAUGGCGGCCUCUCAGGCUCUUCUUUACGUUCCUUCUUCACGCUCUCUGCUGGCGUGGCCUUCUCGGCGCUUCUCGACAUCCGCGGCGAUCUGCACGAGCCGGAGUGCGCACGUGCCUUCUCCCCCCGUCUCUUCGGCUCGGUCCUCCAGUCAUUCUCUACCUUCUUUUGCUGCUUUCCACUCGUCGCCUUCCUCUUUCUCUACUCGUUCUCGCGCUCUAGCGGCCUGUGGCUCUCUUUCGCCCUCCAUCUCCCCUGCGUCCUUCCCUGUCUCCUUUCUUCUGUCGCAGCCUUGCCUUCGCGGGACCCAGAGCCGCGCAGCUGCGGUUGCGGGUCGGCGUUACUUCUCUUCGAAAAGGCAGGAGGACGCCGCCGCAACUUCGUCUGAGCAGGCCCAGGCGGCCUCUCACGCGAAGCCAGACGUGCCUGAGCAUGUCGCCUGUGCGUCUUCUCUCUCCCCUGCGGCCGCCGCGCCGCUCUCUCCCUCGCAGCACUCGGCGCAUGACGUCAUUGCGGAGCUCAGCCAGGCGGGUCGCUUUCCGCGACCGCCGGCGCCCGAGAACGCGCCCUCUGGCGGGCGCGCGCGACUUCGCGGCGUCCUGCUUUUCCUCGCGGCGACGUGCCUGCCGGUUGUGACGGCGGCGGCGAUGUUCAAAGCUGCUAUUUCCCUCAAGAAGCAGGAGCGAGACGAGGCCGUUCAGGCGCUUCAAGACGAAGAAAGCAUCCUCCGCGCCGCAAUGGACGUCGUCUCCGGCGGCGCGCGGUGCUUCUGCUUGCCCGUCGACAGCGACGGCGAACUUAAGGCCACGAUUCCUCUCGAGCCGCACCUGCCUGAGUCUGGGCUCCUGCGGCUGCCUGAGAAGGACGUGAUUCCAGGCGUGCGAAACAACGCGCUGACCGACCUCUUUGUCGCGAAGCAGAGCGAGUUUUCGCUGCCCUUCAACUUCAUUCACUUCGCGCUCCAUCGCUCGGGAGCGGUCUACAAGACUCUGACGUCUCACCCGACGCAGGGGACGGAUUCAAAGAACCCGAAAGAAAAAGCGAGCGGAAAAUCAAAGACCGACGGCGCGACCACCAGCCACGCUGCGCUGUCUCUCCUCUACGUUCAGCCCUCGAGAGGCGCGAGCGUCCUUCUGUCGGGCUUCGCAGUGUCUGUCACGGCUCCCGAAUACCGCAGGCACUACUGGAAAAACACCUGGGCAGCGACGAUACCCGGCGGUGAGACGAGCAAGGACUACGUGCUGAUGAAGUUCGUGCCCGUGUCUCUCCAGCUCCAUCUGCCGGCGGCCUGCGGGGCUCCCUGCGCAGGGCCGGAGGGCGCGGUGUCUCUGCGUCGCUUCGUGUCAGACACAGAAGUCAAAUGGAUUUUCGCGUCGCCACCUGCUGCGUCAGCGUAG